AUGGACAGUCCUAAAAAGAAGAAAGGCUGCAAAUCAGCCCCAUCAUUCCCUGGAUCGCGAUGGGUGGUCGCUACAGUACUUUUAUCCGUGGUUAUUUUAUAUGUAAUCUAUCGGCCUUUACCCACUGGAUUUACUAAGAAACCACUGGAUCGGUUUUAUAUUCAUCUUUUUGAAUCAGCUCUAAGAGUAACUUACUAUUGGCCUAGCCGAAUAUUUCCAAAAGCGAGCACAAUGGUCUGGUGGACGCGGUCCGUGCUUAAUGCUCUAUCGCCAGUCCUUGGACCAUGGUGGCACGACGGUUCACUGAUUGUGGAAACGCAAACCUGGGAUGGAGUCACGGUCCGAGUUUUCAGUCCUCGUGCCAAUGCUUCUACCGAUGGCGCUGUCUUUUUCAUACAUGGUGGAGGGUUUGCCCUUGGAAAUAUUGACAUCUACGACUCCCUCACAAGGCGGAUAGCUCGAAUGUAA